CCACCUGAUACCUACAUCACUAUCACCUUCAAUCCUUUCUAUGUGGAAAGUUAUUUAGAUUACGUGGAAAUCUUUGAGGGGACAACAACUUCGAAAGUGAUUGGCGAAUUGGAUACUUCCGCGCCCACGAAAUCCAGUUUUAAGAGCACCACAAAUCAAAUGCUGGUCUAUUUCCACACCGACGCCAUGAUCACUGAUCAAGGAUGGUUGGCUCAUUGGAAUGCUAAACAAAGCACUCCACCAAUUAGUCAGAGUGGUAGAGCUGGAGCCAUGGCUUCAACAAAUUACCCUGCAGCUUACGAUCCUUUCCUGGAGCAGUUGUAUUACGUUACAACAUCCGAUAACACUAUAAUCAACGUCAACUUCGAUGUCUUCUCCACGGAAGAAUUCAACGACUAUCUCGAAGUUUUUGACGGAAACGGCAUUGACGCCCCACUUAUAGCAAAGCUGUCCGGGCAUGCCGUAGCUGGGACGAGUCUGAACACAACUGCCAAUCAUCUUACAAUGCGGUUCAUGACUGAUGGGUCUAUACAGUAUUCUGGAUGGCAUAUGCUCUGGAAAGCUAUCUGAUU